AUGUCUCUUGGUGGUGUGAUAAUAAAUCAUUCACUUAAUUCAGCACCAAAUCCACUCUUAGCUGGAGGAAAAAAAACCAAGCCACAAACUUAUUCCCACCGCUCAUUUAUCGCAUUUGUCACUCUAGAAACAUUUCCGUUUAUUGCUAAAGUAUUCACGUUCUGCGGAAUAGCGAAGGCAAAAGUAAAUUUCGGUGCUGAAUUUCUAAUUUAA